AUGUCAGCCACACGUGCCUUUUCUGGAAACGAACUGUCGUCCCUGUUCCACCUCCUGGACGACUAUAACGACCAUAUAACAACCAAGAAUUCGGGACUAACUGCCCGUUCCUUCCAUCCACGCUUUGACAUCCGCGAGACCAACGAUGCCUACUUCCUCGAUGGCGAGCUCCCUGGUAUCGAACAGAAAGACAUCGACCUGGAGUUUACAGACCCGCAUACGCUUGUAGUGAAGGGGGCCACCCAACGCGAAUAUGCUCCCAAAGAGGGCGAAGGGCCGCUGGCAAAAGGCAGGUAUUGGAGUACGGAGAGAUCAAUUGGACACUUUAGUCGGACAUUCAGCUUCCCUGUUCGGACUGACCAGGAUCGGGUCAAGGCGAGUUUGAAGCAUGGGAUUCUGAGUGUAUCGUAA